CAGGAAGAUGCAUUCCUGACUCCAAGCCCAGUGCUCUAUUUGCUCUGCCAUCUAGCUGCCUUUUCCUUUUUCUCUGAGCUGCCAGCAACACCUGCUCUAUAUAUUUUACAUGUAAAUAUAUGUUUUGUGAAUGUAAUAAUACUUCGAAGGUCUCUUUGUGGGUGGAUAGGAAUUCCCCCAUUCGUGUUUACUUAAGCCCCUAAAAACCCAGGCGACUGCCGGAAAAGCUGACCCCUGUGACAGAAUGAAUAGGGAGAGUUCUCCCAAGAAAAAUGAGAGCUAGGAGAGAUGAAACAAGGGCCGGAGAGACUGGUGUGAGCAGUUGUGGGGCAGAGGUCCCCACUGAGAAAUUGACAGGGUGCUAUUCAGAAAACUGGCAGGAAAGGGCAAAGCUAAGCCCCAAACCAAGCAGUCUGGAAGGGCAAAGGGACAGAAAGAAAGCUAUUGGAAUAAUGCGGGCUGCUAAGAAUGAUACUGGUAAAUACGGACCUCCCUGCCUUUUUUGUUCACUCCCACUUUCAUUCUCUUUCUUGAGGGAAAUCAACUUGGUUUUUGAUCGCUGUUGCUCAGAAGUUUGUUUUGCUUUGUUUUAGGGCUUCUCCGAGAUUAAAAAACUAGUUAAUCAUUAAUAGUACUGAUAUCUAAUGUGUAUAUGUCUGUCCUUGUGCCCUAAUAGCCAGGGAGAAGGAGUCAAGUUUCGAGAAAAGACUCUCGGUUUUUGGGUUGUUUUUUGGUUUUUUUAAUAUAUAACUGAUGGAAUCUUUCCUGAAAAAAAAAAAAAAUCUUGUCUUAGGGCUGCAGAAAAGAGAUUUAUUAGCGAUCGGUGUUUUUCUAGUCUCCCAAAGGCGGGGAAAGAAAACAUGGCUCCAGACCAAUCCUAAACAAUAUGAACGGAGGAGCCGUAUUAGUGAGGAAAGACUUGGCCUCUUGGAGGUGAUUGCCUCCUCUACUUUGCCUUUAAAAGGAAAACCUUUCCUCGAAUUAGCAGGGCCGAAGACAUGAUUAGUAGAAGAAUUCCCUCCCAAGGGAAGGGAGGACCUGGGGAAGAGCCGCUCUGCCCACAUCAGGGUGGAGCCCAGCAAGAAAGUUACUGCUCACCAGCAUAUUAACCUUUAAUCCAACAAACGUAAGCUUCUCUGUUCCCAGAACCUAGUCCAGUGGCUGCCACAAAAGUCAAAAUAAAGGCUCAGCCAGGUGCUCCUGCCUUCCUCCUACCUUCCAUCCUGCCUUCCAGUAUAUUUCUGUGGACACAAGACUGCUGGGGCAUUUGGAAAGUCCAGUAAAAAGUAGCUGCUCAGCAGAAGAUGGGAUCUGGCUUUUCCACUUACCGGCCCAAGGCAAUUUAUUUGGCUGUUGAUGGAAGAAUUCAAAAGGUGGUCUUUAGCAAAUACUGCAGUUCCAGGGACAUCAUGGACCUAGUCUGCAUUGCAACUGGUUUGCCACGGAAUACAACAAUCUCCCUUUUGACCAUAGAUGAUGCUAUGGUCUCUAUUGAUCCAACAAUGCCAACAAAUUCAGAAAGCACUCCCUACAAAGUGAGACCUGUGGCCAUCAAACAAUUCCCAGAGAAAGAGGAAUUAUUCCAGAGUGUGCUGACACAGGUGGCUGAGCAGUUCUCCAGGGCUUUCAAAAUCAAUGAACUGAAAACUGAAGUUACUAAUCACUUGGCAAUGUUGGAGAAACGAUUUGAAUUGGAAGGACUGAAAGCGGUGGAGAUCGAAAAAUGCAAGAGUGACAUCAAAAAGAUGAGGGAAGAGAUGGCUACAAGAAACAACAGGACAACCUGUCCCUGUAAGUACAGUUUUUUGGAUAACAAUAGGAAGUUGAUGCCCCAGAGAGAUGUCCCAGCCUACCCAAAGUACCUGCUUUCUCAAGAGACCAUAGAAGCUCUUAGGAAACCAACAUUUGAUGUCUGGCUUUGGGAGCCCAACGAGAUGCUAAGCUGUUUAGAACACAUGUACCAUGAUCUUGGUCUAGUGAAAGAUUUUAAUAUCAACCCUAUCACGCUGAAGAGGUGGCUGCUCUGCAUCCAUGAUAACUAUAGAAACAACCCCUUUCACAACUUCCGACACUGCUUCUGUGUGACUCAGAUGAUGUACUGCAUGAUAUUUCUCUGCUUUCUCCAGGAAAAGUUUUCUCAAAUGGAUAUCUUAGUUCUAAUGACUGCAGCUGUCUGCCAUGAUCUGGAUCACCCAGGAUACAAUAAUACUUACCAGAUUAACGCGCGCACAGAGCUUGCAAUACGCUACAACGAUAUUUCACCUCUGGAGAACCAUCACUGUGCAGUGGCUUUCCAGAUCAUUUCCCAGCCUGAAUGCAAUAUUUUCUCCAAUGUAGCACCAGAAGAUUUCAAAAAGAUAAGACAGGGGAUAAUUACGUUAAUCUUGGCCACUGACAUGGCAAGACACGCUGAAAUUAUGGAUUCUUUCAAGGAAAAAAUGGAAAAUUUUGACUACACCAAUGAAGAGCACAUGAUGUAUCUAAAGAUGAUAUUGAUAAAAUGCUGUGAUAUAUCCAAUGAAGUUCGUCCAAUAGAAGUAGCAGAACCCUGGGUUGACUGUUUAUUAGAAGAAUAUUUUAUGCAGAGCGACAGAGAAAAAUCCGAAGGACUUCCAGUGGCGCCUUUCAUGGACCGAGAUAAAGUGACCAAACCUACAGCCCAAAUUGGUUUCAUCAAAUUUGUUCUGAUUCCAAUGUUUGAAACAGUUACCAAGCUUUUUCCUAUGGUUGAAGAAGUGAUGCUUCAGCCUCUUUGGAAAUCUAGAACUCGUUAUGAGGAAUUAAAACAAAUAGAUGAGGCCAAGGAAAAGGCCCUUUAUGAGGAAAACUAGAAGACUUAAAAUCAGCUACAGACUGGUCUGCUAAGCAUCUUGGGAUUGUUCAGCACAGAACCAAGACGAUCCUUCCUGAAGUCUUACAAAACUUUAUUUUCUAAGAACUGAAUUAUCAGUGAUGGAAAACGGGAAGAAGGAAGGGAGCCAUUGUAGAAGAGGAGAAUGGACGCGCCAGGCUAUAGAAUUUUAUUUUUAAACUCUUUUAAAUAACAUAUUCUUAUACGGAAACAGGUACUGCUCUUACUUUGUACAUUUGUGUGCAAAAUAGAUACUUUUGCUCCAAAAUAAAUCCUUGUUGAAUAAACAUUGAAUUGAAAACGGGAAGCAUUUCUGCUGUUCAGAUAUGUGGGGCAGGAUAUUUGUACUGACAUAAUAAGGGAGAUACAUGAAGCCUGUCUACGUAUUAAAAUUUGGGGUGUGGAUGUGUACAAGCGAAUAGAGCACAUCCGUGUAACGUGGCUUUCGGCACUGUGACUGAGGCGCAUACGUGUAUCAUAUGUGGACAUACAGGAUACAAUGUGCUCAGCCUCCACGGAGUAACUGGGGCUGUUUUGAUUGAGUAUCCUGUGAGUGCAAGUCAACAUUGAAAGUGAUUCUGAAUGAAAACAAAAAUAUAUCCAUCUCCAAAGAAAUGAAGACUGAAGUGUUUGUUCUGAAGAUUAGGGAGGAAAAUAACUUCACCAAAGUUGAAAUUUGAGGAGGGCAAAACUGUGAUUUUUAAUUAUCUUCUUAUCAAAACUAUGUCCUAGGAAUAUUCUCUUUUUUUAAAAAGUCUUACCUUCUGUCUUAGAACCGAUAAUAUGUAUGGAUUCCAAGGCAGAAGAGUGGUAAGGGCUAAGCAAUUGAGGGUAAGUGACUUGCCCAGGGUCACACAGCUAGGAAGUGUCUGAGGUUCCAUUUGAACCCAGUUCCUCCUGACUCCAGAUCUGGCUCUAUCCAUUGGGCUACCUAUCUCCCUAGGAAUUUUCUCUCUAAAAAAGUACCCACACAAGUUGGGGAUAAAGCCCAACUUGUUUUUAUGCCCACUUUAAUUCUUCCUGGAAAAGUAUUCAACAUACACUAAGCCAUAUGUAUUCCAAUUUCUAGAUUUUGAUUUUUUAAGCCUAGAUCAUUAUUAUUUCUUAAAAGCCAAUGGCUUCUCUGUGAAGUGGAGUUUGUCUCUGUAUGGUGAGGUUUUCCUUUCAAGAGGAAUCCUAGAAAAUAAGGUGGAAUGAAGGAAUGAAAAAUAUUCUUUUUUAAACUACAUUUUGAUUGAUCUUUUGUUUUCAUAUCGCCAUAGUUUCCCUCAGUAGCCCUCUCUACUACCCUCCCAGAGCACCAUCCCAUACAACAAAUGCUAUUUUUUAAAAGAGGAUGAGAAAAAAACUGAUCAAUACAUUUAAAAAAGUGUAAAAAUGUGUGCAGUCUGCAACUGUUGGGGCCCUCUCCCCUUUACAAAAGGGUGGGGAGACCUUCUCCUAUCUGUCGGUUUCAGCCAUGCUUGUUACUUACAGUUUGCCCUUUUGAUUUGUAUGUGUGGUUGGUCUUUCCAUUCAUAUUGCUGAAGUCAUUGUGUAUGUUGUUUUCUUGGGUUUGCUUCCUCCAUUCUUCAUUCCUCUAUAGAGCAAUGCUUUUCUGUAUUCACCACAUUCGUCGUUUCUUACAGCACAGUAAUAUGCCAUUCCAUUCAUGCACCUAGUGUGUUAGCCAUUCCCCAAAUGAUGGGGACUCAUUUUGUUCCCAGUUCUUUGCUAUUUAUUACCAAAAAUGAAACUAGAAAUGUUUUGGCUGUUCUUUUUAUCAACAGCCUCCUUAGAGGAAUAAACCCAGCAAUGGAACCUCUGGAUCAAAGGAUAUGAGCAUCUUAGUUACUUUGUUUGCAUCAUUUCAAACUGUUUUCCUAAAUAGUUAUAUUGAUUCAUAGCUCCAUCAAUAAUGAAUCAGUAAGGGGCAGCUAGGUAGAGCAUGGAUAGAGAGCUAAGUUUAAAGACAAGAGGUGCUGGAUUCAAAUCUGGCCUCCGACACUUCCUAGCUUUGGGACCCUGGGAAAGUCACUUAAACCCCAUUGCCCAGUCUUUACUGUUCUUUUGCCCUGGGACAGAUACUUGGUAUUAAUUCUAAGACAGAAAGUAAAGGUUUAAAAUGAAUAAUAAUGAUGAUGAAUCAAUGUGCCUGUUGUUCCACAAGCCUUCCCAUGUUGACUAUCGCCAUCUUUUUUCAUCUUUGCCAACUUGCAGGGUAUAUGGUGAAGUCUCGGGAUUGUUUUGAUUUCUCUUUAUUUAUUUGUUAUUUGAAGCAUUCUUUCAUUUGGUUGCUGACAGCUGCAGUUCUGAGAGCUGCUCAUUCAUAUCCUCUGACUACUUAUUUAUUAGAGAAUAGGUUUAAAAAAUUAAGUAUUUACCAUGUGCCAAGCAUUGUGCCAAGUGGUGAGGAUACAAAUAGAAUAUGAAGACAAUUGCUGAAGACAUUCCAAUUAAAAAAGAAAAUACAAGAGGAUUCUGCUUCCAUUCUGAUGGAAGGGCCUGGUGCUACUGAAGGGUCAGUCAGGGAAAACAUGUAGAUAAUACGGAGAAAGUUCAGAGAUCAUUGAGUGUAACUCACAGAGGAACCUCAACUCUCCCUACAACUUCCCCAUCAAAUGCUUAGCCUUCUUCCACGUGAUAAAGAAUUCAAUAUGGCGUCCCAUUCCAUUUGAAUUUAGUACAACACAAAUUUAUUCCACUUUUGGAUCGUCCUAAUUAUUAGAAAAAUUCCCUCAUAAACUCUAUCUGCCAUCUUUUGUCCACUGGUCUUGCUUUUGCUGUCUAUAAAACAAAAAAAGCUCUAAGCCUCACCUUUUCAGGGGCUCCUGGUGAACUUCCAAAACAUCUCAACACUGAAAACAGAGCUGAACCUUUAUCUAUAUUAUUUCUUUUCUUGUUUACUGGUUUCUGCUAAUGGAAUCUAUAUCCCCUCUUGGUAGAGGCCAUGGUGCUUCUACAGAUGUUUCUCCUCACAUUCGUUUAUUUUUGAUCUGCAAAAUUGUUCCUCAUUUCUUCAGUCUGGCUUCAUCUCAAUCUUCUAGUUUUUCCUCACUUCUACCAAAACAAUUGGCUGAACUGAAACAAAGCUUUGAGCAGUUACCAAUAUAUUUAAAACGUUUACGUCCUCUUCUAUGGCAGCUCAACCAUCUCUUCAAAUAGGUCAAAAAUUACUCCACAACACGUGUUGACAUUCAGAAGCUGCGGCUUCCAUCUCCUGCCCCGUCAGGCUCAACAAUUCUGAUUUAUGGAAUUCCUCCCCCACCCCACCCCCAAGUGCUGAUAUACUGUGUCCUGUCUCAUUUUCUCUGUUCCUUAUUGCAGCACGAGACCAUCCUAAAUGGAGCAAGCAUCUGGCUUUUGGCUUUUCCUGGUGCAGGGAGGGAGGCAGGGAGUUGAGUUCUAUGGAAAGCCUGUUUAUUCCAAUGGGAGUCACCCAUCUGAUUGGGGUGCUGAGUGAACAAAUUAGAGAUCAGCCUUUUCUGAUAUUAAUAUCAGGUUGUUACCUAAUUGGGGUUCUUGGUUUCUUAGCUUUAUUUUCUGCACAUAAUUCUUAUUUUGGAGAUGCCCUAGAACUGGAGAAAAUGUCUACGUCAAAUAACUUGUAUCCAUUUUGGUAUGUAUUUGCUAUCUAGCCAUAAGCAUGUAAACUUGGAAUCUUGUAACAAUCUGGUAAAGAUUGUUCAGCCGUUAUAUUUGUAUCCCAGGACCUAGCACAAUGCUUGCACCUGACAGCUUAAUAAAUUCAUUAUUCAUUAAUUGAUUGAAAGAGGGCCUCCAAAGAGCUGAAAUUGGGAGGAUGUUGCCAACUCUGGGGUCUCCAUCUCAAGGUGGGCCUCUAGUAGCUGUCUAAUGGCAUUAGGCACGGAGAAGAACACGCAAGGUGGCUUCUUAGACUUCCCUUUGGGUACUCAAAAGGUUCCAUUUCUUUUUUUCAGGUGUAUUUGUUUAUUUUUAUUUUUUGCCAAUUACAUGUAAAAACAAAUUUCUACAUUCGUUUUCUGAAGUUGUAUGUUCCAAAUUGUCUCCUUCCUUCCCCCCCCCCCCCUCCUGGAGCUGGCAAGCAAUUCAGUCUGGGUUAUACAUGUAUUAUUAUGCAAAACAUAUUUCCAUGUUACUUAUUUUUGAAAGUGAAUAUUCAAUCUUAUCAAACUCAAACCUCAAAACAAAUAAACAAUUGAAAAAUCA